AUGCUAAACAUUCGAUCUUUAUACAUUCUUUCUUUGUUUCACGUACAUUCCACAAUUAGUGCAACGAAUGUUGAUCAUUUCUUCCCUCUAUCCAACGAUGAAGUUCCUUCUCCACUUAUUGAUGAUCCGUUUGAAUACGACGGACAAUUUUCGGUGACAAAUCAUUCUGUUAAACGUCGACAAAUAUCUUUAAACAUUCUCACAAGUCAACAAGCCCGCCUCCCGAUAGUUCCGUCUUACAUCAUAUUUGGUCCACGAACUAUUCGUCCAGCUGAAAAAGUGGAACUGAGUGUUACUAUUUUACGUGAUGACUGGAAUCCAAUGAUUGUAAAGGCCUUAAUAUCAAACGACGAUAUGGACGUGGCAUCAAUAGAAGAAACAUUUUACACGAGAGUUCCAAAUUCUCUCGUCAUGAUGAUUCCACCAAAUGCUCGUAACGGAACGUAUCGGCUCACAUUAGAAGGAAAACUAUUGAGCGGAGAACAAAAAUUUUAUAAUCAAUCAGAAUUAUUAUUUGAUCAAAAAGCUGUAUCAAUUUUAAUACAAUUAGAUCGGCCCGUGUAUCGUCAUGAAACUAUUGUACAAUUUCGUUGUAUUCCUGUAUAUCCGGAUUUGUCAGGCUAUUACGGUACAAUAGAUGUUUACAUGAUUGGACCCUCUGGACAUAUUCUUCGAAAAUGGGAAAAUACACAAACAACAGCUGGUAUGGUUAGCUUAGAAUAUCCGUUAAACGAUGCACCACCGGAAGGUAUUUGGACGGUUAAGUGUCGUGUCAUGGGUUAUGAGGCAACGAAAACAUUUGAAAUAUACGAAUUUUAUGCUAGAAAGUUCGAAGUCAAUGUUACUCUUCCAUUUUAUUUACCAACGGAUGCCCAAGGUGUGUCAGGUAUUGUUGUUGCCAAUUAUUCAACGGGUAUGGGUGUUCAAGGUUAUGCAAGAGUUUAUGUUCGUGCCCGUAAUAUGUCAAAAGUAUACGAUCCAAGAAAUUAUUCGUUGCCUGAUGUUGAAUUCGAUCGAACAACACCAACAUUCGUUACUUUUAUUGAUGAUUUUAACGGCGUUGCUUCAUUCUACGUACCAAUGUCAACGAUACUUUCACUUGUACCAAACCUGGAUGGAAGUGAGAUUUUGAUUACAGCAACGGUACAUGAUCCAUGGUGGAAUGAGACAAAUAACGGUACAACUGUUGUAUCGUUUUAUCAACCAGGUACCUACUUGAGUUUCUUGGGAGGGCCCAGUAUGGUUUUUAAACCGAGAAUGUUAUAUACAACAUACAUCGCAGCUAUUAAUUCUGAUGGCUCAAAAUAUCAGCCUGGACAAGGACGCUUUAUUCGUGUAUAUACAAAUACAGAUUUGGGUCAAUCACAACCAUAUCAAGAUUAUGUUAUCGAUAAUACAGCUAUUGCACAGCAUCAAUUUUUGGCUCCCAUUGAUCCGUCUGUGACAAUUUUAAUUAUACGAGCUGAAUUAUAUGAUAACAAUAUCAAAAUACAAAAUAGCGAUGUUGAACAACGUGCAAUUCGUUAUUUAUCACCGAGUAACAGUUAUAUACAAGUAACAUCGAAUACACUAAACCCGAAAGUGGGUGAUUUUAUGAUAUUCCGUGUAAAUGUUACACAAUUCACUGAAUCUGUCUAUUUUCAUAUAACAUCAGCGGGACGUUUGAUAUAUACUGAUAUUUUAAAUAUGGAUCAAUCGAAACAGAAAAGUUUCGAUGUUGGUAUCACUCGAGAAAUGGCUCCUAGUGCUCAUAUUAUCGUUUAUUAUAUACGUUAUGAUGGAGAAAUAGUAGCUGAUAGUAUGAAUUUUCAUGUGAAUACAUCAUCUGUUACAAAUCAUGUCAAUAUAACGAUUAAUAGACGAAAAGAUUUUACUGGCAAUACCAUUGAAGUACUAGCUUAUGCAUCACCGCAGUCAUUGGUGGCAUUUUCUGCGUUAGGUUUACCUCAAUAUUAUCUGUUUCCACCGGGAAAUCAUUUUAAUCCAAUUGCUAUAUACGAUGAACUAUAUUCAUUUGACCGAUAUGCAACUCAGAGUUUUCAACAAACAUGGAGUCAACAAAUGGGCGUACCUUAUUCACGCGUCUUUUUUCCAUCUCAAUCUUAUGGUUAUGAUGCUGGAUCCACAUUUAAUUCUACUGGAUUACAAAUAUUUACCAAUGUAGAAACAAAAGCGAUUCAAACUGCUUGUGCACAGUUUCGUCUAUUCCAGUGUAAUGAUGGUACUUGUUAUUCUCCACCGCUUCGUUGUAAUGGAGUCAUUGAUUGUCGAGACGGUGCUGAUGAAGCUAACUGUAAUUAUACAAGAGUCAGACAAUAUAAUUUUACUCCGUUGUGGCUACGUCUAUGGCCAUAUUGGGAGCGCGAAUUACAACUUCAAUUCAUGUGGCAUCAACAAUUUGCUUAUCCUGAUGGUCGUGUUCAAUUUCGCACAACAGUCCCAAAUGUCAUUGCUAGUUGGGUCAUUACAGCCGUGGCUGUUAGUCGUUUGACGGGUUUUGGUGUUAUUGACAUUCCAUAUAUCUAUGAAGGUACACGACAAUUUUUUAUUAAAGUCGAAGUACCACCCAUUGUUCGCCUUGGUGAGCAAAUUGGCGCACGUGUUGACGUAUUUAAUUUUCAAUCACACCGUAUUGAAGCAUUGAUUAUUUUACAUGCGUCCGAUAAAUAUCGUUUUGUUAAUUUGGAUCAAAAUGGUUUAGUGUCAUCGUAUUCACCAAGAUUAACCGAUGGUCAACAUCAUGUUCUUAUUAUACUGUAUCCAAAUGAAGUUCGACGUAUAUCAAUACCAUUUGUUCCCAUUGUUCCUGGUGAAGUGGAAGUAAUGAUCGAAGGUAUAGCAGGUGUAUCGAGAGAUUUUUAUCGUGAAACAAUCAAAGUGAAUUACGAGGGUAUCAGAAAUUAUUAUCAUACACCAACGGUAUUGCUACUCAAUAAUUUACCAAGACAAAUGAAUGAAUAUGAAGUGAAUGUGACACAGAAUUUUAUAUUUCCAUUAAAAAAUUUUUUUAUGUAUAUUCCUGGUUCAGCUACAUGCGAAGUUUUUGUUUCUGGAGAUGUUGCUGGACCCUAUUUUCUACUUGGAUACGAUGAAUGGUUAAAUACUGAUAAUUUAAUACAGCGAACAACAGCACCAGCUGAUUCUGGUAUAUUUGACUUUUCAAUGAUGGUCUAUAAUUUAAGAUAUAUGUUACAAGGUCAUGGUGGACGAGCAUUUGAUAAUGAAAAAUUAAUGAAAGUAUUGACAUUUACAAAUAUGGAAUAUUUACGUUUUAUAGCCAUGUAUAUAGGUGAUACCCCUGAGGCAACAUGGAGAAAAGGAUCAUUUACUGAAUUUGGAUUUUCAAAUGAAUCUUCUAUAUGGUUGACAUCAUGGGCUCUUAUGGCAUUGCGAGAUGCUGUUUAUCCAGAAUGGGAAGAAAAAGCACUUUAUAUUGAUCCGAAAUUACGCUCAGAUAUUGUAGACUUUCUUUGUCGUACUCAAACGAUCAAUGGUUCAUGGGCUGAAUUAAUAACACCAAAUGAUCGUAAUAAAUUUGGUUUACGUAUUACAAAUGUUAGCAACGUCUUUCAGCAAUUAAAUUUAUCUUUAACGGCACAAGUCAUUAUCGCAUUAAAAUUAAACACAGAUAUACGUGGACCAGCUGCUAGACUAAUAAACGGUGCUAUUGAUCGUGGAAGAUUAUGGUUAGAAAAAUAUUUUCGAAGUAUUACAGAUGCAUUUGAUAUGUCUAUUGUAACAUAUGCAUUACACGUAACAAAUAGUGCCGAUCAAAAUGCUGCAUUUCUCCAACUAGAUAGAUUUCGACAAACAAACGAAAACGGUAUAUAUUAUUCAAAUCGCAAAAUACCUGGCAUGGAAAAAACGUGGCCGAAUGUAAAUCCACGUUAUGGUCCAAAACCCGUACAAAGUGAUUGGGAAGCACAUAGUGUAGCCGCAACAGCCUUUGUCCUUAUGACAUAUACACAAAUCGCCAGGGUAAAAGAAGCUGAACAAAUAAUGUUAUGGUUACAAUCGAUGCGUAACUAUAUCGGAGGAUGGGGUGCGUCUUAUGAUACGGUUAUGGCUCAACGAGCUAUUGUUAGUUAUUCUGUUUUACGUGGCUAUGAAAUAACAAAUUAUAAUAUACGAAUUAAUUUAACGUCAUCAUCAACAGCCGACGAAGAAGAUGAGCCUGUUGUUAUUACUGACGAAAACUUAAUUGAAACUCAAGUAAGAAGUAUACAAAAUGUUUGGGGUGUGUUAUAUGUUGAUGGUUUUGGUAAUGGUUAUGCACUAGUACAAAUGCAUGUUGGCGUUAAUGUUGAAUUUCCGUUCUAUGUUCGUCGCCCUGAGUAUGAAGCAUUCCGAUUUGAUGUCGUACCAUAUUUGAGUGGAAGAAAUUUUUCCACAAUUGACUAUAAUGUAUGUAUUGGAUGGAAUCCUGAAAAUAUUUUAAAAUUACAAGCAACACGUAGUGGAACCACUGCAAUUGAAAUACAAAUACCAACUGGUUAUCGUGUAGAAGAACGUGAUUUAAAAUCAUUGAUACGUUCAUUAACUAUACGAAAUCUACGAGAAGGUGAAAAUUGGCCAGGACAAGUUAACUUUCUACUUGAUUAUGUUGAUGUUGAUCCAAUAUGUUUUCAAUUUCAAGCAAAACGUUGGUUACCGGUGGCUAAUAUUUCACGUUAUUAUGAAAUUAAAGCAUACGAAUGGCUGGAACCGGGAAAUAUGAACCGUUCUAUUUAUCAAUUAAGAAAUUUGUUUGGAUUAGAUAUUUGUGAAGUAUGCGGAAGUUAUCAAUGUCCUUAUUGUCCGAUUAUGGAACAAGAAUAUCCAUUACAUUGGUAUGUUUGGCACGAUGAACCAGAGAAAUUGGAAAGUAUCCUAAAGGAUAAUACAGAAUCUAUUGAACAGCUUGAUCCUUGUCAUCGAACACCAAUACAGUUAGCUGUAUGUUUAGGACGAUUUGAAUGUGCGAAAAUUUUAGCUCAGAAUGAUGCCGAUUGUAACAUUGUCUCAAAAGAUGGAUGGAAUCUUUUACAAGAAGCUGUUUCAAAUGGAAAUCCAUCGUUAAUUAAAUUAAUUAUGAAAUAUCGUAAUUAUCAAAGAAGUAAAAAACGAAUUCAGGGUAUUCCUGAGUUACUUCGAAAAUUAAAGGAAUCUGAGUUUUAUGUCGAAAUGAAAUGGGAAUUCACUAGUUGGGGACCCAAUGUUCGUAUUGAUACAACAUUGUUAGGAAUUGAAGGUACAAAUUGGCAACGUGGCAAUCGUACAUUGAUCUUUUCGUUACUUGAUGAUGCAGCCAAAAUGAUUGACAUUGACCAUGAAAGUCAAACAGUAUUUGUCGAGAAUUUGACAAUGCCUGGUGAACAACCAGUACUAAUCGAUCCGGAUAUCGAACAGAUUCAGUCAAAACUAUCCUCACCAAACAUGACAGUUUAUCUGGAUGUUGACAAAAUUGAAUUUGAAAGGAGUAAAUCAGGAGUAUGGGGUAUGCGAUCGGAAAAAGCUGAAACAAUCAAUGGUUAUACUUGUAAAGUAUAUUCUGUACAAAAUGUUGCACUCGUAACACGUUCGCGUGUUGAACAUAUGACUGCUGAAGAGAAAAAAGCACACGAAGCUGGAAGUACGUCAAAUAAAAACUUUUUGGGUGGUUUAACUUCUUUUCUCGAAUCCUCAUCUUCAUCAUCUAAACCAACAACAACCACGACAACAAAAUCAAACAUACCAGUCCAUGAUCAAUCAAAAUUAUCGAAUGCAACAACAGGUGCAUCAGCGUCUGCACAUAAUCAACAACGACCAAUAACAGCUGAAGACUAUUUCAAAUCUCGUAUCGAUAUAAAACAUCGUGAUAUCGGAAGACAACGUGAAGAAACAGUGAAAGUUCAAACAUUUAACGCACAGCUCAGUUUAUGUGAUAAUUAUCCAUUGAGUCUACAAGAACAAAUUCUUCCAAUUAUUGAUUUAAUGGCUAUUAGUAAUUCACAUUUUAAAAAGUUACGUGACUUCGUCACCUUACAACUGCCACAAGGGUUUCCAGUAAAAGUUCAAAUUCCGUUGUAUCAUGUUUUAACAGCAAAAGUAACAUUUGGAAACAUACAUGGAAUUGACAAACCUGUUCAAGGCGUUUCCACAAUAAAAGAUGAGAACACCGGUUCAUUUUGUGCUAUUGAUGAAAAUAUUUUUAGUAUACCACCAGGCUAUAGACGACAAGGAGAAGGAGAUUUCCAUCCUCUAAUGUAUAUGGACGAUGAUGCGCUAUUACAAAUGGCUAUUGAACGUAGUUUAUUAGAAUCAUCCGGCAGUGAUGCUUCAUCGUCCAAUGCCGAUGCAGUGACAUUAUAUGAGGCCUUGGGGCAUCCACCAUCGUCUACUCGAUUUAUGCAUGACAAUAAUGUUGAUUACGAUCUUCAACGUGCGUUGGAAGCUAGUUUAUUAUCGUCCGGAUUAAGUGAAGCUGAAGUUCAGGAAGCAUUAAGACAACAACAACAACAACUGAAUCCGAUCGAAACGGAAAAUUUAUCAGCAAUCAUGGAAAUUUCCAAACAUGAAGAAGAAGAACGUUUAAAACGUUUGAAAGAGGAAGAGGAAGAACUUGAGAAAGUUUUACAGCUUUCAUUAGAAGACAAAUAG